UGCAGCGGACAAAUGUUUCGAGGGGCAGGAAAACUAAGGUGGCCGGGAGUCGCAUUUUGUGAGGCUGGGACGGCUAGCCCGCCCCGUCAUGCUCGCACACCGCAACACGUAUACAAGGCUUACCCACCUGCGAUACACGCCUCGCACCAAUCGCGCGUCCUGGAUGCACGGCACCGCUCCAGUCACGCUGCAGCCGCCUUCAAACUCUGCGGUUCCCUCCAGGCCGUCUUUGUCACCAUCUGCCUUGGCCCGCCGUUCGGUUCCAACGCGUCGCGGGCCAAUGACACGCCGCCGGUGUUUGGAAACAUUCUCCUCCAGGGAAACAUGUCUGUGACAGCAGCUGCUGACCCCCUCAGACCCGGCCUGUAGCAUCCUCGCGCAGACACCAAAACAACUUCUUUUGCAUUCCGGCUGCUCAACAUGUGUACCCUCCCCAGCUGCACCGCAGUAGGGGUUCAUCGUGGAUCC